AUGGUAGCGCUUGCUCAAUUCGCGUUAGCUGAUUGGGUUGAAAAUCAGAGUGCUCAUGCCUCUCAUGUCCUCGCAGGGAGUGCCACCCCAGCAUUAACAAUCAAUGAUCUCAUAUCACUCUCGAGCGAUGCCGAUGCAACCAAAAACGCCUUGAGCUUUGAGAAAGUGCAAUUAAGCUUAGGGGAUGUGACAGGAAGCCAAGCGCUUCGUAGCUCUAUUGCAGGGCUCUACAGUGGUGAAGGACACAAGAUUGCGCCCGAGAAUGUCAUCACCGCCACUGGCACGACUGGUGCCAACUUAAUCGUGCUGUACAGUCUCCUACGACCUGAUGAUCAUGUCAUAUGUGCAUAUCCUAUUUACAACCAACUCCUCAACCUCCCCCAGGCCCAGGGUUGUGAAGUCUCGCUUUGGAGACUGAAGCAAGAUAACGACUGGUCGCUUGAUCUUAAAGAACUGGAAAGCCUAAUCAGGCCCAACACGAAGCUCCUCAUCGUCAACAAUCCCAACAAUCCCACAGCAUCGCAUCUCGACAAGUCGAAACAACUGGCAAUCCUGGAUAUCGCCGAACGCCACAACCUCAUUGUGGUCGUGGAUGAGAUAUUCAGGCCACUAUUCCAUGAUAAAGCAAGCCUCCAAAGCCCGCCACCAUCCUUCGUUAAGCACAAUUAUGGAAAAGUGGUCGUUACUGGAUCCAUGAGCAAAGCAUGGGGAUUGACUGGGACAAGACUUGGAUGGAUUGUUUCUCGGGACCAAUCUCUCCUAGACAAUUUCAUCAACACGAAAUUCUACACGUCGGAGUCCACCAGCACCAUCGACGAGCUAAUUGUCACAGAAGCGCUGAGCGAUCGAUGUCGACCCACAAUCCUUAAACGGCAUCUCAGUUAUGCGCAGGCGAAUCUGUCCUCACUGGAUAAAUUCAUGGCUAAGAACAAAGAUCUGUGUAAAUGGACGAGACCGACAGCAGCGGCUACUGCGUUCAUCCAAUUUCUUUCCGGCAGUGGUGAGCCGGUGGACGAUGUUGAGUUCUGUCGGUCUCUCUUGCAAGCAACAGGUGUUCUCCUGAGCCCUGGAAGCCUCUUCACAGAUCCCAGUAAGCAAGACCGGGGUUUCAGAGGGUUUGUGCGAGUCCACUUCACUGUCCCCCCAGCAAACAUGACGAAAAGUCUAGAAUUGAUCGACGAUUUUCUUCAGCAAUCCCGCCGUUCUUGA